ACAUAUAUCCAACCUGGGACUGUAUAACUCACUGAUAACACUUUGGCUGGAAUCAAUAUCGCAAUAUGGCGUCGGUUAUGUUUGAUCCGCCAUCUUUCGGCCCUUCCAACUUGAAGUAUGAAAAGUUGAUUGCCACUAAUUUGCAGCACAUCCGUGCCGAGAUUUUGUACACGGAGCAUAACAUUGGUGACCUUUCAAAUCGCUUCGUAUCUCAACGAUUGCUUGUUACUAUCCAAAACAAGAUAGAUAAUGUAUUCGCACUCAUUAGCGUGACUGAAGGCUACCUGAGUGAAUGGGAGUCCGACAUCGCACGUUACCCUGGUUUAUUGGAUUCCAGGGCUUCGUUGGACAAGUUGAAGGCACAAUUUAAUCGUGAGGUAUCACGUGCCCGUCAACUUGCUGACGAAGUUAAAAGUCGCUCACAUAUGGCAACUUCAGACACUGUUAACCCUACCCCUCUGGUUUAUAACGUUCCUGGCAAUAGCGAAGUGGACUACAACUUCAUCAACUCUGCCAAGUCAGACCCUGAUUAUGAGGUUUCAGCCAUUCAACAUUUUGAUUUGAUUGAGUUCGAGGGUAGCAGUAGCCUGACUGAUAGUUUAAUUGAGACUCGCAAUCAGGGUAUAAGCCAUAUCAGAUCACAGAUAGAGCAGGCUCGUGGUAUCUUCAGCGAAAUUGCUACUAUAGUAUCAGUGCAGGACGGAGGAUUAAAGUCCAUUGAGCGCAACUUGAAGGAGAGUUAUGACAACAGCGAGGAGGCACUGCGUGACAUCGAGUCGUUGGUAGUAGCUCGCAGUAAGAACUCCCGUCGCAGGCGUUUGUGGCUUGGUGGCAUUGCUCUACUAUCUACUACGUGCAUAAUUUACUACUACCGUUUUAUGCGUGUAGGUUAGU